AUGGUCAUGGUGGUCAUGGAGGACAUGGCGGUCACGGACACGGCGGACACGGACAUGGCGGACACGGCGGUCACGGACACGGACACGGCGGACACGGACAUGGCGGACACGGCGGUCACGGACACGGCGGUCACGGACACGGCGGACAUGGUCAUGGUGGACACGGACACGGUCAUGGCGGACAUGGCGGACACGGUCAUGGUGGACACGGACAUGGCGGACACGGACACGGCGGACACGGACACGGCCAUGGUGGACACGGUCAUGGUGGACACGGACACGGCGGACACGGACAUGGCGGACACGGACAUGGUGGACACGGCGGACACGGACACGGCCAUGGCGGACACGGACAUGGACAUGGUGGACACGGCGGACACGGACACGGCGGACACGGUCACCAUGGUUGAAUUGGUACUACUUGGGUAA